AGCCCUGAGUGCCCAUGGUGACAGAAUGUACACAAAGGGCUGACCCACAGCCGGCUGGGGCCACUGCAGCACAGCCAUCCAUGGGGAGAGAUGGGGACCAGGUGCCCCUGUAGGGUCCAUGCCAUCCCCAUGUCUGCCUGGGAAAGUGGUGCCCUGUGGAUGCAAAGAAAGGAAAGAAGAAGUUAGCCGUUUCUCUCUUCCCGUUAAUUCUUUUUGAGCAUUUUAUUACGAAUUCAGCCCCUAGCAGGAUUUUCACAAGGGUGUUGUUUGUUUUCUUUUUUAGAAAAGCCCAAAUUUCAUACAAGUAGGAAGAGGAAGGGAGGAGCUCAUCCAUCAGCCUGGUUACUAGGCAGUGUAGUUAGCUGAUUGCCAGAGCACCAAUCACUAACCACACAGCCAGUUUGUAGACGUGGCCUGUGCUCAUCUCAGCCUUGGGCUUCCCAAACUUUGCAUCCGCCUACACGUGUUGAAGAAAUGUAAUUCAGCCCCAUGAGCAUUUUAAUCAAGACAAACAUUUUUAUCAUCACUGCACAGCAGGUGACAGGGUCGUGCCAGCAGAGCAGGCAGCGCCGUCCUCAGGCUGUGGGGCAGGAUUGGAGCCACCAGAUGGAGAGGGGCCAUCAGAGCGCAGCCCCACGUGGCCCCACAGAGCCUGAUGGGCCCCUCGUCUUUGCUGGAUCGAGCCCAGCUGAUGUGGAGUUUGCCCGCAUCUUCUGGAGCACAGCCGUGCUGCCGCCGCUGUCUGAGUCCUCCCUGUGUCCCACCAACCUGCGGCGUGAGGGACCUUCGUCCCCUGGGCUGAGCCCGGCCCACAGACGGACCCCAUCAGCAGCUCACGGCGUGCAGAAAGCCGAAGCAAAAGAAAAAUACCGACAGCAGGCCAAGAAGAAAGAAGAAAUACUGGCUUUGCUGAGGAAACAGAGAGAAGAAAGAAUUGCGUGCAGCUCCCAGGUUUGGUUGGAUCUGCUGAAAGAAUCCUCACAGCCCCUUUGCUGUGCUCUGAACGCUGACGUUUCUCCCACCAUCGUUUCCUUCAGCUCUGAAUCACACAGUAUGGAGCAGAGAUGGAAAGAGCUGAUUUCUCGUCCACAUAAACCAAAGAUGAAAAGUAACCAAGUAAGCAGGCAGAAGGCACUUGAAGCAGAACGUGAGGAUCAAGAAGCAGUAAAGGCCCUCAGAUAGUUCAGCCCAAUCCUGGAGGUGACAACCUGCACUGCUCAGGCAUCCCUGCUUUGGUCACAUUUCUUGUUCACACCGAGACACAGCACGACUGACAGCACUGGGAUGGGUUUGCAGCAGCUUCUCAACCUAGCCCAAAUUUCUCCGUGCUGCUGAAGUUAAAAUGAACACUUAGUUUGGAAAACUUUCAGAGCUGUGGUGCCCUGUUGUGCUGGUGGUGGUUUUGGAAGCCCUCUCUAUUGCUCCCAUGUCAGAACCGCUUUGUGUCCUACAGCACUUUGUUCCCAGUUGGAUUCUUCUAUUGGAAGAGACCAAAUAUAAGUAGCAGAAUCUACAGAUUCCCAUCAGUAAUUGCAGAAAACAUAAUGCUGCUGCUUGCCAUGGAUGUAUUCCAAUGUUUUCUUUCCUUCAGAGCCAAUACAGAAAUGUUUUCCAAUGGAUUCAGCAGACGUGCAUCCUGGUGUAGAUGAUUUCCUUUGUGUUGGGUGCUAUUCUGAGAACCCCGACGUAGGUGGAGCUUUAAGACCAGGUCAAAGGCUCACGUUCAGCCCUAAAUCCAGGCCGUGUCAGUUCAGGUGCUCAGUUAUUCCUUGUAUUCAAUCCAUAUGAUAAUAGUAAUGGUGAAAAUGGUCAUCUUCAUGGACAUGCCAUGCUUUGAAGUGUUGUUCCCUUCCCUUCCUUUUUCCCUUUCCCUUUCUUUUUCCCCUUUCCUCCCCUUCCCUUCCCUGUCUGUGAUUUGUUUGGAAAGUUACCCAGCAGAGAAGUCUGGGCAGUGAUAGUGUUACCCAGGUGUACUGCAGUACGACAGUGCUGCCUUUCUCCUUCAGAUGCUGAAUGAUUUUCUUCCAUAAAGGCAUGACACAUUUGCCUCUCAUUUUCACAUCAAAUCUAAAUGUUUUGCACGA